AUGACAUCUUCUAACGGGUCUUGGAGUAUUAAACAAAACAAAGCAUUUGAAAAGGCGUUAGCAGUAUACGACAAAGAAACAACCGAUCGAUGGGACAAUGUUGCGAAAGCGGUUGGUGGAAAAACUCCUGAGGAAGUGAAGAAACAUUAUGAUGUUCUUUUGGAGGACAUUAAGCACAUUGAGGAAGGUCAAGUUCCAAUCCCAAAGUACAAAACCAGCACCAGGCAAGGAAAAAGGGACCAUAAGGAUAAAAACUUAAAGCUCUAAGUGAUUCAAUGAAGCAAUAUCCAUGAAGAGAAGAAUUAGUAUUAAUUAACCC